UCGGGGCCUCACUGGGCCUCAGUGCGGGACGAGUCGGAGAGUCCCAGGCGCGAAGUCUCCCGGCCUGGAAGAAGGGUGGCCGGAGGUGCGAGAUGCAAGCGGGGAAGCCCAUCCUCUACUCCUAUUUCCGGAGCUCCUGCUCAUGGAGAGUUCGAAUCGGUGUCACCGCCCCCCCACCCCGUGUGCGCGCUUUGGGGUCACCUGAGCCCCUUUCCUUGGCUCUUGGAUGCCUUCCUGAGACAGUAAUUGCACAUCUCCGGCAAACAAGUACUGUUCCAGGACCUGGAGGGGGCAGAGCUCUGGCCUUGAAAGGCAUCGACUAUGAGACCAUACCUGUCAACCUCAUAAAGGAUCAGGGACAGCAGUUCUCUGAAGAAUUCCAGGCACUGAAUCCCAUGAAGCAGGUGCCAGCCCUGAAGAUCGAUGGCAUCACCAUAAGUCAGUCUCUGGCCAUCAUCGAGUUCCUGGAGGAAACUCGGCCCACUCCACGCCUCCUGCCGAAAGACCCGAAGAAGAGGGCCCAGGUUCGCAUGAUUUCGGACACCAUCGCCAGCGGCAUCCAGCCCCUGCAGAACCUGUCUGUCCUAAAGCAAGUGGGACAGGAGAACCAGCUGGCCUGGGCCCAGAAGGUCAUCCACACUGGCUUUAACGCUCUGGAGCAGAUCCUGCGGAACACAGCGGGGAAGUACUGCGUGGGAGACGAGGUGUCCAUGGCUGAUCUCUGCUUAGUGCCUCAGGUGGCAAACGCUGAAAGGUUCAAGGUGGAUCUCACUCCCUACCCGACCAUCAGCCGCAUCAACAAGACACUGCUGGCUUUGGAGGCUUUCCAGGUGUCUCACCCCUGCCGGCAGCCAGACACACCCCCGGAGCUGAGGGCCUAGCUCUCCAACUGUGCCCCACGGGUGAGGGGGCAGGAGAGGUGCAGGAGCAGAAGCCGGGGUUGCUGAACAUUCCUGGAAACAAGAGAGCCCUAACUGGAGAAGCAGGAGACCUGAACUCCUUGAACUUGGACUCUAGCCCUGGAUCCGCCUUCCCACUGUACCUCUUUGUACCUCAGUCCCCUCCUCUGUCCAGUGCAGGUAGUGCGGGGGAGAGGAUGCUGGGAGGGAGGGAGGCAGGAACAUCACCAGUCAUCUGCGUCAUGGGCAAUCGUGAAGGUGAGGGGAGAAAGUAGCCCAAGAUGCUUGGCGGGUGCGCCAGAGAGACGUAAGGGAGCCUGCGCGCUUCUUCCCAUCCCCACAGUUGUACCAGACUCUAGAGAAUGCCCACUCUGAAAUUUGAUGAUUAAACAGAAGUCCAGGCCUCCA